AUGGCCCCCGCGCCCGCCGUGGACGGGACAGAGGGAGGAAAGGAAGGGAAAGAGGGUGGAGUGGAGGCAGGCAUGGAGGUGGUGGGAGAGGAAGGGCUUCCCACUCCUGCCGCUGCGCCGGCGGUGGCCGCCGCGGAGGUCGAGGGAGCAUGGGAGGAAGAGGAGGGAAGGAAGGAGGAGGAAAGGGAGAAGCCGAAGGAGUUGGAAACGGAGGGAGGAGGACCGGGGCACCGGAAACAACAGCCGAGUGAGGGCACCGCAGCCGUCGUUUCCGCGUUGUUACAGGUGGGGAAGAGUGCCGCAGGAGAGGAGGAUGAGCUUUUGGGCCUCGGAGUGGCGGCGGCGGCUGGGGCAGGCACCUCGUCGGCUUCUCCCUCUCCCGGACGUUGA